AUGCCUGUGCAGGUUGUCUCCCGAGAGAACUUUGCGGGAGACUCUCCUUCCCUCCUUCGGACAAAUGGGACAGAAAACUCCACGCCGCACUUGGCUGGUCUCUGUCUUUUCACUGUGGUGCAGUUUUAUGGGGCAUGCUACUCAGAGGACAGAUGCUGGUACAGGUGCAAAGUGCAACAGCAGGUAGACACAAGGUGAUUUCAUGUUUCAUAUAUUGAUUAUGGGAAUGCAGAGGUUGUAGGCAGAUCUGACUUAGUUGAACUUCACAAAAGCUUACAGUGUUCUGCGCUUGCCAAAAAAAUACAAGCUGGGGUUCAUCUGCCAAGUGAGCAGGAUUCUCCACAUUAUUUACAGAAGUCCUUCCUUCAGAAUCUGAUGUAUGGAAAGAAGUUACGGAUAAACAAGAAGUCUGUGUGCUUCGAUGGAACUAUCCUGGUCCAGGCUUUUCAGGGCAGUCAUGAUAGUGGUGAAGAGGUGUUGAAGUUUAAGUUUGCUAAAGUGAAUUUACCAGGCAACAUAGAGAGCCCCUUUCCAGGUAAGGCCCUCACAAAGCAGACUGGACAGUGGUCCUCCAGGGGACCUCAGGUAGACGGUGACAACCCUGGCUCUUUAGGAUGUAUGCCGAAGUUGCGACCAGCUUUCACCAACCAAAAGCCUCAGGGCCUGAUGUAAGAGAGAUCAUCUUAUUUCACAACAAAAUAUAUACAUAAUUCAUAGUAAUCCUGAGAUGUAUGAUAGUGUUGUUUUUUUGCUCUGUAUGUUGUGUAAAGGUACAGAAAGUGAUGCUGAUUUCUGUCUGGGAGGGUCCUGAUCAUGAUUUAAGCAUUCAGGCUUGAUGUAUUG